AUGGCGAUAAUCUCUGAUUUCGAAGAAGACCAGAAGGAGAUGAAGCCCUCCCCUUCACCAUCGUCCUCCGCCGUGACGGCGUCGUUUACCGCGACCUUCGACCCUUCCAAUCCCCUAGGGUUUUUGGAGAAAGCUGUCGACUUUGUUGCGCAUCAGAGCGAUUUUCUCGAGAAAGUGACCGCGGAGAAGGAGAUUUUGUCGGUAGUUCGAGCCGCGAAGGCGAGGAAGGCAUUGGAGAAGAAGAAGAUCAAGAUUGAGGAGGAGACGAAGAAUAUCAAGAUUGAGGAGGAGGCGAAGAAGGUAAAGAUUGAGGAGGUGGAGGAGAAGAAGCCGAAGGUGAGCCAAGUGCCGAAGAAGGAGGUUAAGAAGGAAGAGGGCAAGUCUCCAAUUGAAGUGGAUAAGGAGGGUAAUGGCGCCUUAGGUACCGACCUUUCUCUGUGUAUCAUCUGUUUGGGUAAAUUCUUGUUGGCUUAUGUUCUGGUUAGAUUGUUUGUCUGGGAUAAAUUCUUGUUG